GGCUUCCUGCCUAGUCCUCUCCUGUCUCCUUCCACCAACCUCACUGCCUCUCACGUCCCCCACUUUGUGCCAUACGCCUCUCUCUUCACAGAAGAAGCCACUCCUUCCCCCCAGACUACCUCUCCUACCCACACCUUCAACAAAUCUGCUCCUGCAGCCUCUCCUGCCAGCCAGAUGCAGCACCAUGCUGGGACCCAGCCAUUAGAUGUUGCUCCAGGUAGAAUUCCCGUUUAUUAUCAGAUGUCCCGCCUCCCACCGGGGUAUUCAGCAUACGAGACACCUACAGCAGGGGGAAGCCCAGAGUCUCCUCAGCAAGACAGUCAGCUGAGUUCAGAGGUAGCUGCUGCCAAUGGUGGACAGAGACAUCUGGAGCAUACUGUGGUGAGGAGGACCAGUGAGGCUGUGGACUCUGCCAGCAGUAAAGCUGAGGACUGUCUGCCAGAGGCUGCAGCAGGAUGUGUGGCUGACGGACAGUUCCUUUCAGGUUACCAGACACUGGGAACAGAGGACUCUGUGCCCAUUCACAGAAGCACCCCAGACACUGAUCUUGAGGUUCAGAGGGUGGUGGGGGUGUUGGCAUCUCAGGAUUAUCAUGUUCUGGCAGCCCAGAGGAAAGAUGACCCAAUCCCUUUAAACCUUUGCCAUAACAUCCCUGAUCAGCAGGGGGAGUCAAAGGAUGUGCUGAGGAACAUGGUGGAGAGGGCUGCUGCUCAGAAAAACCAGUCCAGGAGUCCAUCUGUAAUGUCCCCUGAAGAGCUGGUUAGACAAAGACAGUUAACCAAAGGAAUGGUGAUAGCCAACGGCAAGCCAGUCCUGGUUCCUGUUGGAUCCGAGCCCAUCAGGUCUUCCACUUCAGAAACCCUGGUGAGGCAAAGCCCGGAUGCACAGGCUCAAGAAAGCGUGCUGGAAAAGGACCUGGCCCAGCUGCAGCCACCCAGCUCCUCACGCUUGCCCUCUCACUUCAUGAAAGGAGCCAUCAUCCAGCUGGCCACAGGAGAGCUGAAGCGGGUAGAGGACCUGCAGACUCAAGACUUUGUUCGCAGUGCAGAGGUGAGCGGAGGCCUGAAGAUCGACUCCAGCACAGUGGUGGAUAUUCAGGAAAGCCAGUGGCCUGGGCUUGUCAUGCUGCAUUUUGUGGUUGGGGAGCAGCAAAGUAAAGUGAGCAUUGAUGUGCCCCCAGAGCAUCCCUUCUUUGUGUAUGGCCAGGGCUGGUCCUCCUGUAGCCCAGGGCGGACUGCUCAGCUCUUUGCUUUGCCCUGUCACCGGCUGCAAGUGGGCGAUGUCUGCAUAUCAAUCAGUUUACAGAGCAUGAAUGGCAACUCUGCUUCUCAGGCUAACUACCCUCUCACAGAUCAGUUGAUAUCUACUAGGGAGAGAUCUGAAACAACAGCUCAGGGGUCCACAGAACCGUCUGACAGAGCUGCUGAAAGAGUGAGCCACACAGAUAGGGACAGCGUGGCCCAGAGCUCUCGUGCAGAACCCUCUCAGCCUGAGACUGGCAGUCAGCACAGCUGGACAGCCCCAGGCUUCCAAAGAUACAGCAUGCAGGCAGAGGAGCCUCGGCCCGCUCUGCUCCGUCCCUCUUUCAUUCCCCAGGAGGUCAAGCUGUCCAUCGAAGGGCGUUCUAAUGCGGGGAAAUGAUCCCUUUGAGGCUGUGAGCUGGGGCAUCCCCUCUAGGUGAGCCUCACCAUCAGGUGGAGAAAUUGCACAGACUUAGUGACAGGUUCACCAGCAAGGCUGCUUUCUGCCCUGCAGGGCUGGAUUUAUUCCAUCCAGUUCAGUGGCUGACCAGUUCCUCCUGGGGAAUCAAGAGGGCUUCAGUGCCUCAGGGAGCAGCAACAGGCUGGCUGGGGUAGAGAAUGGGGAUGUGAUCAGAGAGCAUUCCGGAGGCUGGGGCUUUCUCCCACCUCCCUGAGUAACUGAUUCCCUGCGGGGCAGGGUCUAAGCAUUCAGGAUAGGUGGGGAGAUGAGGAGGGCAGACACGGCUUAAGGUAGCAGAUAAAAUUGCUGAAGAUUUUAUUCCUCCUUUCUCAUGGUGGGGAGAGAUGGGUCCCCCCUGGAGUUUAG